AUGGGCGGCGGAGCCUCUGGCCCAGGUGGCGCUGUUUCCUGACCACGGCGGGAGGAGCCUAGGACGGAGAGCGAUGGCUGCGGUGGCUGUGGCUGUUCGUGAGGAUUCGGGAUCCGGGAUGAAAGCGGAGCUUUCCCCCCGGCCUGGGGCAGGGGGUAGGGAAAUGACCCAAGAAGAGAAGCUGCAACUUCGGAAGGAAAAGAAACAGCAGAAGAAGAAAAGGAAGGAGGAAAAGGGGGCAGAAUCAGAAACUGGCUCUGCUAUUUCUGCAGCCCAAAAUCAAGUAGGUCCAACCAGAGAACUACCAGUACCUGCCAGUCAUUUAGGGGCCACUCAAGGGGAGAAAGUUCCAGCUGGUCGCAGUAAGGCUGAACUUCGCGCUGAGCGACGGGCCAAACAGGAGGCAGAGCGGGCCCUGAAACAGGCAAGAAAAGGGGAGCAAGGAGGACCACCUCAGAACUGCCCCAGCACAGCUGGAGAAACCCCUUCAGGAGUGAAGCGUCUCCCUGAACGUAUUCAGGUUGAUGAGCCUACACUUCUGAGGAGACUUGUUAAAAAACCAGAGCGACAACAGGUUCCUACACGAAAGGAUUAUGGAUCCAAAGUCAGUCUCUUCUCUCACCUACCCCAGUAUAGCAGACAAAACUCCCUGACACAGUAUAUGAGCAUCCCAUCCUCUGUGAUCCACCCAGCCAUGGUGCGACUCGGCCUGCAGUACUCCCAGGGCCUGGUCAGUGGCUCCAAUGCCCGGUGCAUUGCCUUGCUUCGUGCCUUGCAGCAGGUAAUUCAAGAUUACACAACGCCUCCCAAUGAGGAACUCUCAAGGGAUCUUGUGAAUAAACUAAAACCCUAUAUCAGCUUCCUGACUCAGUGCCGCCCCCUGUCAGCAAGCAUGUGCAACGCCAUCAAGUUUCUUAACAAGGAAAUCACUGGUGUGAGCAGCUCCAAGCGGGAAGAGGAGGCUAAGUCAGAACUUGGGUCAGCCAUUGAUCGGUAUGUUCAAGAGAAGAUUGUGCUUGCAGCUCAGGCAAUUUCACGUUUUGCCUACAAGAAGAUCAGUAAUGGAGAUGUAAUCCUGGUAUAUGGAUGCUCAUCUUUGGUAUCACGAAUUCUUCAAGAGGCUUGGAAAAAGGGUCGACAGUUUCGGGUGGUAGUGGUGGACAGCCGACCCAGGCUAGAGGGAAGGCUCAUGCUCCGUUCUCUAGUCCGUGCUGGGGUCCCUGCCUCUUACCUCCUGAUUUCUGCAGCCUCCUAUGUGCUCCCAGAGGUUUCUAAGGUGCUGUUAGGAGCUCAUGCACUUCUAGCCAAUGGAUCCGUGAUGUCACGGGUAGGAACAGCUCAGCUUGCACUAGUGGCUCGAGCAUAUAAUGUGCCAGUCCUGGUCUGCUGUGAAACAUACAAGUUCUGUGAGCGUGUACAGACAGAUGCAUUUGUCUCCAAUGAGCUAGAUGACCCUGAUGAUCUGCAGUGUGAGCGAGGAGAACAUGUGGCCCUGGCUAACUGGCAGAACCACCCAUCACUACGGUUGUUGAAUUUGGUCUAUGAUGUGACUCCCCCAGAGCUUGUGGAUCUGGUGAUCACAGAACUGGGCAUGAUUCCUUGCAGUUCGGUGCCUGUUGUCUUACGAGUCAAGAGCAGUGACCAGUGAGCAGGAAGCAAGGAUCAAUAAAUGACCCACACCCUACCCUUAGCAA